CAGCCCCGGCCCGAGGCCUCGGCCCGCGCCGCCUGGCUCGCCGCCCCCCGGCCCAGCGGGCCCCGGCUCGGCCGCGCAGCAUGCAGCAGCAACAGCCGCGGCGGCGGCGACGGCGGCGGCUCUGAGAUGGUGGACGCGGGCGGCUGCCCGGCCGGGGAGGGCUGGAGGAGGAUGGAGGCCGCGCCCGACGGCGCCGUGGACAUCGUGCCGCUGGACCGCUACGACCCGGCGCGGGCCAAGAUCGCCGCCAACCUGCAGUGGAUCUGCGCCAAGGCCUAUGGCCGAGAUGACGUCCCGGAGGAGCUCAGGGACCCCUUCUACAUGGACCAGUACGAGCAGGAGCACAUCAAGCCCCCGGUCAUCCGGCUCCUGCUGGCCAGCGAGCUGUACUGCCGCGUCUGCAGCCUCGUCCUCAAGGGGGACCAGGUGGCCACUCUGCAGGGACACCAGUCUGUCAUCCAGGCCCUGUCCCGGAAGGGGAUUUACGUGAUGGAGAGUGACGACUCCCCCGUGACGGAGCCCGAUCUCAGCCACGCACCCAUAAAGAUGAGCGCCCACAUGGCGAUGGUGGACGCGCUCAUGAUGGCCUACACCGUGGAGAUGAUCAGCAUUGAGAAGGUGGUGGCCAGCGUCAAGCGCUUCUCCACGUUCAGUGCCUCGAAAGAGCUUCCCUACGACCUUGAGGACGCCAUGGUCUUCUGGGUCAACAAGGUAAACCUUAAAAUGAGAGAGAUAACAGAGAAAGAAGUUAAGUUAAAACAGCAAUUAUUGGAAAGUCCAGCUCAUCAAAAGUCUCCCUCCAAGUGGUACUGGAAGUUAGUGCCUGUGCGCUACCGCCGAGAGCACCUGUCAGCGAGGCAGCCGCCCUUCUUCCCGUUGUUGGAGGACCUGAUGCGGGACGGCAGCCACGGGGCUGCUCUCUUGGCCGUGGUCCACUACUACUGCCCGGAGCAGAUGAAGCUGGACGAUAUAUGCUUGAAAGAGGUAACGUCGAUGGCGGACAGUCUGUAUAAUAUUCGGCUGCUGAGAGAAUUCUCAAAUGAAUAUCUUAACAAGUGCUUUUAUCUCACUCUAGAAGAUAUGCUGUAUGCUCCCUUGGUGUUGAAGCCAAACGUUAUGGUUUUUAUUGCCGAGCUCUUCUGGUGGUUUGAGAAUGUCAAACCAGACUUUGUUCAGCCCAGGGAUGUUCAGGAACUGAAAGAUGCUAAAUCAGCAUCGCACCCCAGAAGCACUCGGCCUUCUGUUCCCAUCUCCAACGCCACCAAGCGUAGCUUCCUGGGCAGCCCCGCGGCGGCGAGCCCGGCCGAUCCGCAGCCCCCCACCCAGCUGCACCACCUGCACCUCGAAGAGCCUGAGCUCCUGGGGAAAGGGGCCUCUGCCUUUAGCCCGUCGCAUCCGUUGUUGCCACUGAGACAGAAACAGCAAAAGACAGUGCAGGGAGAGGACCCCCCUGACCAGCGACACCGAUCUAAUUCCUUAACCCGAGUCGACGGUCAGCCCCGAGGAGUAUCAGUAGCAUGGACAGAAAAAAAAAACAGGCCUGUGUCUCAGCCAGCGCCCUUUGCUCUCCAUCAUGCCGCGAGCUGUGACGUGGACCCAGGCUUUGGCGACAGCGUCAGCCUGGCCCGCUCCAUCAGCAAGGACAGCUUGGCAUCCAGUGUCAUUCAUCUGACCCCGCAGAACCAGCCCCAGCCUGCAGCCCUCAGGACCGAUGGAAAAAGCCUCCUGAACAACGUCGAUAUCGAGGACGAGGACGAGGAGCUCCUGGCCGUCGUUAGGACGGAUGUGGCUCUCCAGGGCGCUGACCCUGGCCUGACGGCAAGUGCCAGGUCUCCCCAGAGGCUGGCGGACGCCUUAGGAGGUCAGCCCGACAGUUUCUUCCUGGAGCCGUUGAUGCCGGCCGUGCUCAGGCCCGCCAAGGAGAAGCAGGCGGUCACCAAGGAGGACGAGUGCGGAGAGGGGCGGCCGAGGGGCUUCACGUCCAGGAGGUCCGGCGAGGGCCACCAGCCUCCUGGGCGGAAGAAGGCACCCGGCAGUCACGUCAGUCGAGACUUGAAUAGGACUUUCACCCCGAUCUCCUGUUCAGAGCUUCCCACGGGCUUCGACCCCGUGCCCACCGAGGCGGGGCCGCAGGCAGCGGGGGCCGCCCGUGGCGGGCCUCCGGCCGGCGGCGCUUUCAGCCUCCCAUCUCAGGGACAGCCAGCCGACGGCUUCUUCCUUCACGUGGGCCGAGCUGACGAGGACGUGGAGGGCGGGCCGUCCGCGAGCUGUGCGCAGAGCCCCAGCGCCCUCGGCCCGGAGGCCUGGGCCGUCCUGAGGCAGGACUCCGACUCGGACGGCGCAGACCUGGAGGGCGCCGAGCAGGACUUCGCCGGCGAGGACGGCCCCGUGGCGGGGGCCGGGUUCGCUGGGGAGGGGGAGUCGGCGAAGCUGCAGGAGGACCUGCAGGUGAAGGAGCACGAGGACAAGGACGACGGCAGCGGCCGCUCCAGCCCGUGUCUGAGCCAGCUCAGCGGCGCCUCCGUGGCCAGCGGCAGCGCGAAGAUGACCAGCUUUGCCGAGAGGAAGCUUCACAGGCUCAACAGCUGCGAGACCAAGUCGAGCGCGAGCAGCUCGCGGAAGACCACGCCCGACUCCUCGGAGAGCUGCCCCGCCCCGCCGGCCCCGUGGAAGCCGAGGGCCGAGCAGAGCCCGAGCCGGCAGGGUGGGGACCAGGCCAGCCUGCUGGCCUCCGAGCUGCUGCAGCUGCGCAUGCAGCUGGAGGAGAAGCGCCGGGCCAUCGAGGCGCAGAAGAGCAAGGUGGAGGCGCUGGCGGCGCGGCGGCGCCUGAGGCUGGGCAAGGCAGCCUUUCUGCGCGUGGUCAGGAGGGGCCGGGCCGACGCCACCCCUCGGCCGCUGCGAGCGGGGGCCUCGGCGGGAGAGCGUGCUCAGCACAACGGGGACGACUGCGGUGGCGGCGUGUCCCGGGUGGGAGACUUCCUCGGCAAGGAGGAGGGGAGGGGAGACCUGCUGGGGCCUCCCGACCUGGACGGAGAGGACCUGGCUCUGGUCCAGCAGCACCAACGGAAGGAGCCCGCCGCCCUCCCCGAGCUGGAGCGGAGCAAGGCGCUGUCAGCCGUGCUCCUGGAGGCCGCCGAGGGCGUGGACGCGGGCGUGGACGUGGGCGAGUGCGACCUGUCCAUCGAGAAGCUGAACGAGACCAUCAGCGCGCUGCAGCAGGCCAUCCUCAGGAUCUCCCAGCAGCAGGAGCAGCUGCUGCUCACGUCCCCCACGGCGCCCACGCCGGGGCCCAGGAACAACUCCCAGGACCCCAAGGGCAAGGGGGCCAUCCACUUCGUCGAGCCGCUCUCUCCGACGGCACUGGCCGGCCACCGCAAGCCCCCUCGUCUCGGUUCGGGUCGGAAUUCCCGUUCGGGAAGACCGGCUGAGCUGAAGGUGCCGAAAGAGCGACCGCAGGGCUCCUCCCGAAGCAAGGCCCUCACACCUGGUGUCGAGGCCGCCCCUCGCCUACGGUCCUUCUCCCCCCGGACGCCCUCUGACCCGGGCUGGGACGGGGCCGCCGACCCUGGGAGUGACCCCCACGAGGAGUGCUGCUUCGCCGGUUACAGGCUCCACGAUGAGAGCAACCAGCGAACGUUUGUCUUGCCCUCCUCCAGGGAUGCCAGCGUCACCUCGGAACAGAUGAGCUUCAGGGAGGUUCUGGAAGACGGCGUGAGGGGGGCGGGGCUCGGCGCCCUCAGCGGGCCAGGAAAGGGGGGCGCGCCCCUGGACGGGCCCCCGAGGAGCAAGGCUAGCCUCAUCGAGGUGGACCUCUCCGACCUGAAGGCCCCCGACGAUGACGGGGGCACGGAAGGCCGCCACAGCUCCGCGGACCUCGCCAGCGAGGGCGACCAGAAGCCGGGGGUCGGCUUCUUCUUCAAGGACGAACAGAAGGCGGAUGACGAGCUCGCCAGGAAGCGGGCAGCCUUCCUUCUGAAGCAGCAGCGCAAAGCCGAGGAGGCCCGCAUGCGGAGGCAGCAGCUGGAGGUGGAGGUCGAGCUCAGGAGAGACGAGGCACGGCGUAAAGCGGAGGAAGAUCGGAUCCGCAAGGAGGAGGAGAAGGCGCGGCGGGAGCUCAUCAAGCAGGAGUACCUGCGGCGGAAGCAGCAGCAGAUUCUGGAGGAGCAGGGCCUGGGGAAACCCAAGUCCAGGCCCAGGAAGCCGCGGCCCAAGUCCGUGCAUCGGGAGGAGCCCGGCAGCGAUUCGGGACCCAAGAGCGCCCCCCCACCGGAUGACCUGAGCCGGGCCCAGUCGGGCUCCAGCCUGUCCUUGGCCUCCGCAGCGACCACAGAGCCCGAGAGCGUGCAUUCGGGGGGCACGCCUUCCCAGCGAGUCGAGUCCCUGGAAGCCUUGCCCAUCCUGAGCCGCAACCCCAGCAGGAGCACCGACAGAGACUGGGAGACGGCGUCCGCCGCGUCCUCCCUUGCCUCGGUGGCCGAGUACACAGGUCCCAAGCUGUUUAAGGAGCCUAGCAGCAAAUCAAACAAACCAAUUAUUCACAAUGCUAUAUCCCAUUGCUGUCUGGCCGGAAAGGUGAAUGAACCUCACAAGAAUUCAAUAUUAGAGGAGCUGGAGAAGUGUGACGCGAAUCACUACAUCAUACUGUUCCGUGAUGCUGGCUGCCAGUUCAGGGCACUUUACUGCUACUAUCCUGACACUGAAGAAAUCUACAAACUAACUGGCACGGGGCCAAAGAGCAUCACCAAGAAGAUGAUCGACAAACUGUAUAAAUACAGCUCAGACCGAAAACAGUUUAACCUGAUCCCGGCCAAAACCAUGUCCGUCAGCGUGGACGCGCUCACCAUUCAUAACCACUUGUGGCAGCCCAAGCGGCCCUCGGUGCCAAAGAAGACGCAGACUCGUAAAUGACCCUGGUGUGCCAGGAGUCUGAGGACGCGCCGGCCAGGUCGAUAUUUAUUCUUUUCAUCCUUUUGGGUACGAAGUGUGCAAAAUCACAGACCUUUUUCAAAGAGGCUUCUAGACAACACGAGAAAACCCUCCCUUAGGUCCCAGCACACAGGACGGGCAGGUGGAGCCGGAGUGAGGACUCAGCCCCGUUUCCAGCGGCUCGCGGCCGCCGUGGUCACCGCUACGCGGAGGCUCCCAGACGAGGGGUGCGUGCCCAGGAGCUCCAGGCAGCGGAUUCCUUUUACUUGAAGUUCUCCUUCGGUAUAAAUUACAAGUGAUUUCCUUUGCUUUCUUGCCUCUCACCUCACCCCCUUUUGCACAUGACCUGACACCCCUCUUGUUGGCCAGCUGUAAUCUCGCGAGAUUAUAGGACUGAGACUCGAUCUUGGGCCAGGGUUUUUGAAUGUCUGUAGGAAAGGAGCUCGUGUUGGGGAAAUCGUUUUCAUUUGAGAAAUUGUAUAUUUAUUGAUUGUGUCUACUGCCAACGUUUAUAUCCAAUUCUACGAUUUCUGAAAAAAAUUCCUGUUCCUUGCUGCUCAGAAAAAGUUUACUGAAAAUACCAGUUCACUGAAAGCACUGAAAUCUGCAAGGUCUGUCUUCUGCUAAAAUAACGUUUACAAGUACGGAGGGGUUCUCGCCAACAUGCAAUCAUGAGGAUGGUGGAUGGUACUCUUGCUGGUGCUUGCCUAGUUGAAAGUAGGAAGCUGAGCCAAUUACAGCCCUCGUUCAUCACGUUUGGGGUAGUGCGCUAAUGAUUUGUUCACUUUAAUAAAGACAGAUUUUGGUAAAGUA